GACGCGCUCGGAAAACUGGCAUGGUUUUUUGGAGGCUGGCAGUUCAAAGCUGAAACGUCAGAUAUGACUCCUAGAGACUGCUGAGAUGAUCAUUAAGGGAGACUUAGAUCGGAUGGCAGAAGACAUCGGGCAUGCAGAUAUCUGUUGUUGCAGGUGGCGGACUGAAGACGAUGCUGGAUGCCAUGGAUGUUCCAAGUCAUGCUAGGGAUCUCCUCCUGCAGCUCAACAGCCAACGAACCAAAGGCUUCCUGUGCGAUGUUAUCAUUGUUGUGCAGAACGCCCUCUUCAGAGCUCACAAGAACAUUCUGGCUGCCAGCAGCCUCUACUUGAAAUCUUUGGUGGUCCAUGACAAUCUGAUCAACCUCGACCACGAGAUGGUGAGUCCAGGGGUCUUCAGGGUCAUUCUGGACUACAUCUACACAGGCCGCCUUAGUGAGGGAGACCCCACUUCUCCUACUGAACCCAAUCUAGGUGCUGUGUUGGCAGCAGCCAGCUACCUCCAGCUGCUUGACCUGGUGGCUUUGUGCAAAAAGAAGCUGAAAAGAAAUGGCAAGUACCCUCCCCGGCCUGGGCCUGCAUUUCUGCCUUACCCAAAGAUGGGCCCCAACAGUAUGGGUUUAGGGAGUGGUGGCAGGUAUAGGAUUUCCACUCCUGUCAUUCAGUCCUGCCCUCCAGGAGGAAUUUUGAAUAUCCAUGCAACGCGGGCAUCACCACCAGAAGAGCUAGUUCCCCAUCGGAUAGCCAUUCAUGCUGGGGAGCUGUAUGCUCCAACCUCCAUCCAAGGCUCUCAGGUGUUCCCGUCCCUGCAGUCAGCUCUGCCUGCCCAGCUGGGGCGCUCAGCCCACCCUGGAAGGAACUGCUCCCCAAACCACGGCCUUGAUCUCUCCAAGAAAAGCCCCAACUCCCAGUCUCAGCACACACCCUCUCAAUCCCAUUUGGCAAAUUCUCACAAUGAUGAGGAGCGAGACGGGAACCUGAGCGGUCGCACCAGUCCCAUGCAGGGGACAAACGGAAGGACUUUCCCCUCAGAAAAAAUGGAUUCAACUGACCAGGCAAGCUCUCUUACUCCUCCACCAUUCCCCCAUAUCAACCAGGCUCUGGGCCCCCACCUCCCCCACCUGCAUCGACACCAGGGCCGGGAUCGCUACCCAUGCCCCCCCAGCCCUGAUACCCCAACAGAAGGCGGAGAAGCAGGCAGAGAUAUGGGCAACAUCUACCGCUGGGUGAAACAUGAGCCACUUUCAUACACAGCAGAAGAUGAAGAUGAGGAUGAGGAUGAAGAGGAAGGGGGCGAAAAUGGAGACCGGCAUCAUAACCAUCACAAGGCCGGGGAGGAGAGUGAAGGAGCCGACGAUAAGAGCGGGUCAGGCACAGAGGAGACGGGCAGUAGUGAAGGCCGCCCAUCGCCUUCUGGACCAAUGGGGAGGUUCCACAUGCCAUAUGAGCCAGAGAGCUUUGGGGACAAUCUGUACGUCUGCAUUCCCUGUGACAAAGGCUUCCCGAGCUCAGAGCAGCUCAAUGCACACGUGGAGACACACACGGAAGAAGAGCAGUACUGCAACUCAGGUGGGGAGAUGGGAAACGGCAAUAACGGCCCCAAAAACAUGAGCAGUAAUACAAACGGUUAUGGGGGCCUGAACAGCAGCAACAGUCUCUCCCACCUGGAGUCCAAAUCCAGCCAAGCGCUGAGUUCAGGGGGGAUCGGGGAAAUGAUGCGACCCUACCGCUGUUCCUCCUGUGAGAAGUCCUACAAAGAUCCAGCCACUUUGCGGCAGCACGAAAAGACCCACUGGCUGACCCGGCCUUACCCCUGCAGCAUCUGCGGGAAGAAGUUUACGCAGCGCGGCACCAUGACGCGCCACAUGCGUAGCCACCUGGGCCUUAAACCUUUUGCCUGUGACUCCUGUGGCAUGCGCUUCACCCGCCAGUAUCGCCUCACUGAGCACAUGCGCAUCCACUCAGGGGAAAAGCCCUACGCAUGUCAGGUGUGCGGAGGAAAGUUUGCUCAGCAGCGCAACCUCAUCAGCCACAGCAAGAUGCACAGCAGCGGGGGGAGUGCAGGGGGCCUGACCACAGAUGGGAAACUGAAGCUGGACUUUUCUGAGGGCAUCUAUCCACUGAGUAAAUAUGCAGCAGAGCAUUUGGGCCUGAAGCAGGAGAAGGCCAAUGAGCUCCUAAUCCAAGCCCAGCAGCAACUGGUAGCUGAUGCAAAGGUCAUGGAGAGCCUCUACCCGCUGUCCAAACUGGCCGCAGAGCACCUCGGUAUCCCCCUCGACAAGAUGGAUGUCAUGGGCCAACCCCUCCUCCCUCCCCUCUCUGAUGGCCGCAUCAUUGACCGUUACUCACCCAGCUAAAAGCACAUGAGCUGUAUAAACAGCAGUCACCAAUAGGUCUGUGUGCACACACAAUUGCAGUAUUCUAAAGCCUUUCACCUCAACUCCAUAUCUCCUCUGCACCUCAGACUCAGGCCGAGAGGAAUUGGUCUGCUCAUGCACACCAAAAAGUGUAGACUGUAAGUGCCUUUAUAUGCAUCUAAUGUAUCUUAAAAUCCUCCUUCAUAAGGGAGCUCUGUGCUAUUCCGUGACCAAGAGACACUUAUUCAAAGAAGUACAGUAUUUAUGUACAGUGUAUGCAAACAAACAUUUCAGUCAUUGAGCCAAAGUGACAAUUUGAAAACCAAAAUGAAAUUGUUUUAUUUAUUUUUGUAUCAUGAUGAAAUCCAAACAGAAACUUUUGCAAGGAAGUGUUGCAAUAUGACCCUAAACCUGUGUAAUAUUUAGUAUCACCUGUGUACAAAAAAAGGAAAAAGCACAUAAGGACAAGAUUCAGUGUUUUGGUCGAGACCUGAGCAGAACUUUUGCAAAAUGAAUAAGCCAACUCAUGUGGACUUUAAAGUAAUGGGAGCAUAUAUGUUUUUUUUUCUUCUUCUGUUUUUGGGGCGACUGGACAAUUUAUGUAUUUCACUCUCCAGCUUAUCCAAAUCAUGUUCCUGCCCCUAAAGUCACAAGGAAAUGACUGAACGAUAAGAGCAGUUGCCUCAGCAUUUUAGUAAAGUCUCAUCAGUUUUAUUUUCUCCACUUUUUUAGUGUAACCCGCUCUCCCACAUAUCUUUGUGGAUUAAGACUCACACUAUGUGACAGUAAUGGUAGCUUAAUCAGCCUUACACUCAGCGGCCUACAGCUAAAACUUCCUUUGUAUUUUGCCUCACAUCCCUUGGCUUUCAGUUGUUGUUGAGAUGCAGUAAGCUCAGCCCUGUGAUCUCAUAACUCGGACAUGAUCGCACAUACCCAACUGCUGACACAUAAGUGCCUGUGAAGAGUGUAGCUGCAUCUCAUGGUGUAGACUAAGCAUGGGUGUUGCCUCUGACAUUUACAAUUAUGGAUGCAGCAAAGCAGAGAAGCAGGGACCAGGUCAAAAUUAACGGCACUGAAAUCUGUCAUUAACUGUCAAAAUCAAUUAUUCCAUUCACAGCAGCCUGAUGAAAAACUGCGUAGCGACACAAGUCAUAUGUCGCAUUGCUGCUCCACUCUCUGUAGUCUGAGGCCGGGAGCCCAGCUACUGUUGACAGGCCAAAGUGAGUGCUGCACUCAGCCCUGUGCCUUAAAAGUGUUCUGAUACGCUCACCACACGCCUCUUCCACACUCACACAGCGAGCUGCUAAUCUGUCUGUGAUACGAACAUAAGAAGGGGUUUGUGGGUCUUCCCUGGAAGCCAGCGGGUGAACAGCACAGCCCAGCUGCUGUGCCUCAGUAAUCCCCUUGAAAUCUCACUUUCUCCUGGACAAUUCCCACUGCUUGCCAGCAUGAUGUCCCAUUUCAUGCCUGCAAUCUUGCCCCUGUGAUCCACUCAUCAAAAUCAUAUUUAAGCCCAGCUAAUGUCUAAAGGCCUCGCCUCCUCCACGCUGGUCUUUUUUUAUACAUAUUUCAGUAUUGGCUGACCAGCGAUAACUCUGUCUUGAAAACAAAAAGCACUUAAAGGUUGUGGGUUGCCGGCACAUUUAUAAAAAAAUAUGUUUAUUCCAAAGAACAUUCUGGCAUUUUCUUUUUCCAUUUGUACUACUCCUUGAUUUAGAUUAGACAUGUCUGACCACUAUAGUGCCAAUGCCAACCUCAGUGGGUGAAUGUGAAGACUAAAGCCAUAAAUACACUGUGAUUGACGUGGUGAAUUUUAAAGGCUAAAAGAAAACAGACAAUUUGCCUGACCUUUUUAUUUUUUUUUUUUUUUUUAAAUGUAAUUAUAAUUUAAGGGCUUCUUCUCUGUAGAAUAUCAAAAUGUUGUUUUCUGUCACUUACUUUUCUUUAUUUGAUUUGAGCUAAAAGCAGCGCACGUGAAACUGGUGCUUACCUCAGGACUGAACCCAGCAUGGGGACGCAAAGCUUUUCUAAACCUUCAAACACACACACACACACACACACACACACACACACACACACACACACACACACACACACACACACACACACACACACACACACACACACACACACACACGCACACGCACACAAACACAAAUGAACAACCUUUUUCCCCUUAUUAACAGGGCAGUUGUCCUGUGUUAAACCUGUGGUUAUUUCUGUGUUUAUACAUUUCUUGUUACAGUUUUAUGAUCGGGAGAUAACAUGUGAUAUUAUUAACAAUUUUUUGUUUUUAUUUUUACUAUGCGGUAUACAUUUUCUAUUGUGUUUCCUCAAAGAGGCUUGUGCCGAUCUGACCAAUUCCAUUGUAAUAACAUAAGGUAAAGUCAGUUUGGCAGUUUGUUUAACUUUGUGAUUUUCUGAACCACACUUAAGAGAGCAAGGUGGUAUUCGUCUUUGUUUUCAACCACACACACAAGUAUAUGUGAUAAGUGUUUUGAAAAGUAUCAAAUAGAGAUGUAUUCUCAGUAAUUCCUCCAAGCAGUUAUUUUACAGUUAUAGUGAACACUAGCCACAUUAUUUGACCCCUUUCCUCCAGAGGUUAGUGAACAGUCAAUGAUGAGUGAGACUGAGGUUAUACAUCUACAAAAACAAACAGGAAGCCCGCUUGUUUUCUAUGAUCCUUCAAGUUUUGGGACUCUUUUGUUUAGCUCUGUACAUAAAACCAGAAUGUAGAGCUUUAAUGAAACAUUAUUAAAAAUGAGAACUUGCUUCACAAGCAUGUGCAAACGUGUGAAACAUUUAGAAAGAGGCGGAUGUCUGUCGUGGGAAUUUCAGUCCCUUCAGUCUUUCUCAUUCACUAGCUUAAAUGGAAAUCUGUCUCCUCCUUCUCCCUGCCUUACACCAUUAAAAUAACACAAUGUGUUUCCACUGUCACUCCAAAUCUGUGCAGGAGGGAAGAGCGAGAUAAUGGCUGAACAUUUCUGUAGGACGGGCAAGGAAAUUUGCUUAAUUGCAUUUACGUGUACGACAGAAAGAGGUGGAGGCUAUGUUCCUAUAGAAAGGGGAAGCAUUUGCUUGUCUGUUUGUAUGUCCCUAUGCCAUCGGUGCGUAUGAAGGUCUGUUAAUGCAUGUCCUGGGAAUAGGGUUGGUGUAAAGGAGAAAAGCUGAGGAGCAGGAAGUGAACUUUUGGCUGGCGUGUUGUGUUGAGGAGGAUGUGCCGUGUGUUUCUGCUCAGAGGCAGAUAGAGAGACGGAGAAUGGGGCGGGAGAGGAGCAGGGAGAGCGCAGCAGGGUGGACGCGAGCCAUUGUCUCAGUAUGAAAGCCUGUUCGUACUUCUAAAACUCUCCAUUCAGAAAA